GCAAAUAAGCAAACGUGAGAACUCUUGCCAGUCUAUUUAAACAAAACAAGGUUUUUACUGGGCAUGCUCCAUAUCAUUGUAGAAGAGGUUUGACAACAGUGUAUUGUCAACGAUUCAUAUUUAUUUGUUUUGAGCGAUAUUCAUUCUUUUUGCCCCCGUCCUUCUAUUGGCGUAUCUCAAUGCAAUUUGAAAGAGAAUCCCCGCCUAAUUUCGUUUGGAACAGAAGACUUGCCUUGUACUGACUUCACGGAUCGCUGCUCAUCGGUAGCUUGAACGUGAGUGGAACGAUUAUUCGGACCAAUAGCAUGAAAAUAACCGUUACCUCAAGAUCAGCUAAGACCUCUGCCAUAGACGUACAUUUCAGCACCACAUCUACCAGUUGCUACAUGCCAGCUUGAACGGAGAGGGGGAUUCAAUUUUUGUUGGAAAGGACGUAGGCUCAGCGACAGUACACAAGGAGGAUCUGUGAGGGUGUCUCCGUAAACGACUAGCGCUGUCCGUUUAGCACCACCGCAGUCACCUUGCUAUGUGUGAAUGUCAUAAACGCUGAAACAGUUUUUUAGAACAACAACAAAAACCGAAAAGACGUGAUCUGGGAUUCACAAUACAGGAUCAUUCUAAAUGAAUGUCAUUACACGGAUUUACCAUGUGACGUCCAUACCUAAUGUAAUGUCAUUGGCUAGAAUCGUUUUGGAUUUCAAUUCUUUCCAGGGAUCUGGGCAGCUACAGGCGUUUAAGUUAAACAGGUAGGCUACUUAGGCAUUUCUAACAGGAGGGAAUAUAAGGAAUAACGAUGGCUGAUCUUUCAUAACCUCUGGGAAAGGACAGGUUUCUUUGUGCAUUGGUGUAUCCUUCCUAUCAUCACCUGCCUGGUCGUUCCACAAUCCCUACAGUGCAUGUGUUGCGCGCGUCUUCCCGCGGUACGUAUAGAGUUACCGUUGUGAUGCCGGAAACUUAUUGGAGACAUGCCUAGGGGACGCAAUGGGCUCGAGCGACGACAAGGAUCGCAUUGUUAUAAACGUGGGAGGGAUCAAACACCAGACAUACCGCAGCACCUUGCGUACCCUUCCUGGCACCCGAUUAUCAUGGCUGGCCGAGCCUGAUGCGCCCAACCACUUUGACUAUGAUGCCAAGAUCGAGGAGUUCUUCUUCGACCGCCACCCUGGCGUUUUUGCACAUAUCCUCAACUACUACAGGACAGGUAAAUUGCACUGCCCCGCAGAUGUGUGUGGACCCUUGUAUGAGGAGGAGUUGGCGUUCUGGGGCAUUGAUGAGACGGAUGUGGAGCCGUGCUGUUGGAUGACCUAUCGUCAACAUCGGGAGGCUGAGGAAGCCCUUGAUAGUUUCGGUGGGGGGGCCCUGCUCGACCUGGGUAAUGAUGAUGUAGAGGCAGAAGCACAGGUGGAGCCAGCGGAUGGGGAUGAGGUUGAUGAGAUGACAAGGAGGUUGGCGCAGGGGGAUUCUCCCUAUGCCAGAACAGGAGGGUCUUGGAGCCGCUUGCAGAAACGUGUCUGGGCUCUUUUUGAAGACCCAUACUCUUCUAAAUAUGCAAGGUGGGUGGCUCUGGCCUCUCUGUUCUUCAUCCUGGUGUCCAUUACAACGUUCUGUCUGGAGACCCACGAGGCCUUCAACCCCAUCAUUAACCGCACGGAGCUGAGGGUGGUGGGAAACAGGACCGAAGAGCACAUCUACCCAGAGACGGAGACGGUGGUCUUCCUCACCUACAUCGAGGGAAUGUGCGUGGUCUGGUUCACCUUUGAGUUCUUAAUGAGAAUAACUUUCUGUCCGAACAAACUCGACUUCAUCCGGAAUGCCCUCAACAUCAUCGACUUUGUGGCCAUCCUGCCUUUCUACCUGGAGGUGGGGCUUAGCGGCCUGUCGUCCAAGGCGGCCAAGGACGUCCUGGGCUUCCUCCGGGUGGUGCGCUUCGUCCGGAUCCUGCGUAUCUUCAAGCUGACCCGUCACUUCGUGGGGCUCCGCGUGCUGGGCCACACCCUGCGGGCUAGCACCAACGAGUUCCUCCUCCUCAUCAUCUUCCUCGCCCUGGGCGUGCUCAUCUUCGCCACCAUGAUCUACUACGCCGAACGCAUCGGAGCCUCGCCCAACGACCCUCGUGCCAGCGAACACACGCAUUUCAAGAACAUCCCCAUUGGCUUCUGGUGGGCGGUGGUGACCAUGACGACCCUUGGCUACGGAGACAUGUAUCCCCAGACAUGGUCGGGCAUGCUGGUGGGAGCGCUGUGCGCCCUGUCGGGGGUGCUCACCAUCGCCAUGCCCGUGCCUGUGAUUGUCAACAACUUUGGAAUGUAUUACUCCCUGGCAAUGGCGAAACAGAAGCUACCAAAGAAGAAGAACAGACACAUCCCUCGAGCUCCACAACCAGGCUCACCCAACUACUGUAAGUCCAGCGUCAGCUCUCAACAUCAGAGUCCCAUAGCCCACGACGACGUUUUCGAGAUAAAGUUUCAAGAUUCCAAACUGAACGGUGAGGCAGCUAAUGCGGCAUUGGCCAAUGAAGACUGUCCUCACAUAGACCAGGCCAUAUCACCCGAGGAGAUCUUCAGCCCUAGUGAGCGAGAACGACCCUGCUUCCUGGUUACCUCCGCUGAACGGCCCAGUCACAUGAGGGGAAGAGUCAGAAGGGAGACCCAGCGACAGGCCCGGAGCAGACCGCCAACAGAGUCAGUUUGUGUUAUGAACCAUGGUGUACCAACCACUAUGUGUAUGACCCAUACUGCCCCAUCCCCCAACUGAUAAGGCUCGAGCAUUAGUGUGUGUGUAAGUUAGCGUUUUUAUAAAUGGGUGACAGUGACAACCUGUACAUCACAAACUCAGUAUAGAUGUAGCACUGAGAGUUUUGUUGUCAAGCCUUAUGUAGCUCAGUAUAUGUGACUGGUUACUGUGCUGUAAUGUGUGUGCCUAUUUUUGUGUGUGUCGGUGCUGUAAAUAUGCUUUUGUGUGCUGAAGAUGUGUAUACCAAUGUUUUAGAGUGGUAAUCAAACAUUUGUCUGUUUCUGUAAAAAAAAGAAAAAAAAAGCAAAAGAUCCAAUAUUAUAGUCCCUGUCAGUCAGCCAAGCAAAACUGCUCAAAACGACUAACUUUGCACUGUCAUGGUCACAACUUUACAACCUUUUGCACUGUUUGCACCAGUGAACUUUAACAUUCUUUUGACUAUAUUUUACACAUCAAAUGUUCAUCAAACAGAAUAAUGUAAUUUCUUAAAGCACUAGUUAUAUAUUAACGAGGCAAAGACCAAACCUGUUACAAACGACCAAAAGCUUUCCAGCUUUGGUUGAAAUAAUUACAUUUAGGGCUAAAACACCAAUAUAAUGACUUCAGUUACUGUAUUUAAGGAUACUUUGUCAACUUGUCCAUGCAUAAGAUAUACAUGUAGCUCAUUUCAAGUAUGUUAUAUAUUACCUAAGUACCUACAGCACAUUCACAAUUGAGUGUUUUCUUUAUUGCAAUAACAUUUAGGCACUCAUUAGGUGAUACAGUACCAAUUGUAUCAAAUAACUGCCAAAUCUUAUGCAUCACACUGGACAAGUGCCUCUGAUAUAUGAUCCCAUCACAAUAUGUAAGCAUAUUUUAAUUUAGCAUUCAGUCCAAUAAAGGACCUGUAGUAUUGGGAGAACAGAGAAAGUUAUCAAAUGUUUCCAUCAACUUAUGCUGUGGUUUGUUGUUGACCACAGAUGAUUAAAAAAAACAACAACAACAAAUAUCUAUGAAAACAAACUUUGCAAUAAUUUACAAAAGUUUUCAAAAUCUCAGUGUGAUUUGUUAUUGUUGUAACCAACAUAAAUCAUUUCAAAUCACAAAGGAAAAUCAUCUAAUUGGACUUUUGGGACCAAACUUUGUAGUUCUAGAAAGGCACAAGGACAACUUGACCCUGUGACGACUUGUCCCAGUUUCACCCACAAUACUUAACAGACACCACAGUACAUUACUGCACAGGCCAAGCAAGGCAGGGCUUGAAAUGCAGUCUGGAACAAUAAGUCAUAAGUAUCAAUAUCAAAUAUAAUGGCCAACCAUUGGCUGAAAAGACAUGUAAUGAUUCAACAUCAUUUGUAUGAAUUAGCUACUCCAAUGGUAAGGGACCAGCAUUUUUACAAAACCACUGCAAACACACUGCCAACAACCAUGUGUAAUCUACUGCAGCAGAGCUGGUACUGCCAAUUGAAGCAAGAGUAAAUUGGGUGAUUUUAUGUUGAUCAUUGUCCAACAUGGAACAAAUGACAGCUGCUAUCCUUAACAGACUCAAUAACCUGACUAACAGGCAGCAAAUGUGUGCCCUUCUCUGAGAAUUCAGUGUGUGCUUGGACACAGUGCUUAUUGUAGGUAGUUUGUCUUAACCAGGUGUUUCUUCAGUGAUCGUUUAAACAAAUCUGCUGUUUAGGGAUUUUCUUUGUGUUUUUCUGACGGGUAGUAGUUCAGACUUGUACAAUAAAUAGUACAAAAUAAUAAAAAAAAA